CCCGGCCCAACUGCGGCGCGUGACGCGGGGCGCGCGGCUCCGGCGGCCACCGUGGGCGGGCGCAGACUGCCGGGACGACCGGGAGCGGGCGGCAUGGCGGCGGCGGGGACCGCGGCGGGUUCGGCGGGGCCUGAGCCCAUGCCUAGCUACGCGCAGCUGGUGCAGCGCGGCUGGGGCAGUGCGCUGGCGGCUGCGCGGGGCUGCGCGGAUUGCGGCUGGGGGUUGGCGCGCCGCGGCCUGGCCGAGCACGCGCACCUGGCGCCUCCCGAGCUGCUGCUGCUGGCGCUCUGCGCACUCGGCUGGACCGCGCUGCGCUCGGCGGCCACUUCGCGCCUCUUUCGGCCCCUAGCCAAGCGGUGCCGCCUCCAGCCUAGAGAUGCCGCCAAGAUGCCUGAGAGCGCCUGGAAGUUUCUCUUCUACCUGGGCGCCUGGAGCUACAGCACCUACCUGCUCUUCGGCACUGACUACCCCUUCUUUCACGACCCACCCUCCGUCUUCUAUGGCUGGAAGACGGGCAUGGCGGUACCACGGGACAUCGCAGUUGCCUACCUACUACAGGGAAGCUUCUACGGCCAUUCCAUCUACGCCACGCUGUACCUGGAUGCCUGGCGCAAGGACUCAGUGGUCAUGCUCAUCCACCAUGUGGUCACCUUGGUCCUCAUAAUCUCAUCCUAUGCCUUCCGGUACCACAAGGUGGGCAUCCUUGUGCUCUUCCUGCAUGACAUCAGUGACGUACAGCUGGAGUUCACCAAGCUCAAUGUCUACUUCAAGUCCCGCGGAGGAUCCCACCACCGGCUUCACUCCCUGGCUGCAGACCUGGGCUGCCUCAGCUUCAGCCUCAGCUGGUUCUGGUUCCGCCUCUACUGGUUCCCGCUCAAGGUCCUGUAUGCCACGAGCUACUGCAGCCUGCGGUCGGUGCCUGACAUCCCCUUCUACUUCUUCUUCAAUGCACUCCUGCUGUUGCUCACGCUCAUGAACCUCUAUUGGUUCCUGUACAUCGUGGCUUUUGCUGCCAAGGUGCUGACGGGCCAGGUGCGGGAGCUGAAGGACGUGCGGGAAUAUGACACAGCAGAGGCCCUGAGCCCGAAGCCCAGCAAAGCUGAUGAACUCCUAGAGAUGUCCUUGUAAACGCAGAGCCCAAGGCAAAGAGCAAGCCAGACCACCUAGCUCCACCCUGCUCCCUGCUCUGUCUCCCCCAAGAAUGUCCAGCCAGAAUGUGAGUUGGGAGGCUGGCGCCUCCAGCCCCAAAUGACAGCAUUCCCACUAGGAUGGCAAAGAACAAACUCCAUACAGAAAUGACAGGGGACUGGGGACACGCUGCCAUGGUUGGCCCCAUGGGCACCACCCGCAGAACCUGGUCCCUAAGGAUGGCUAGAGUUAGCACAGUUGGGUAUAAAACAAGAUAGGAUAAAAAGCAAUGAGAAUGUGGAAUGUGCCACAAAAGAGCUGGUCAGGACACCUCAGAAUCGUCAGGUCAUGGAAAACAAGAGACUGAGGAACCGUCUCAGCUCAGAUUGACUGAAUGCAAUGUGGGAUCCUGGACCAGAAAAGGGACAUCUGUGGAAAAACUGGUGAAAUUCAAAUAAAGUCUAUGGUUUAGCUCAUAGCAAUGUUCUAGCAUUGGUUUCUUAGUUGUGAUAAAUGCACUGUGGAGAUAUAAAAUGUUAACGUUCGGGGAGACUUGGGCAAGGGCUACCCUGGAGCUCUUUAUGCUAUCUCUGCAAAUCUAAAAU